GUAGCUAUUUAAAUAGCAUGUAAGAAACGAGGACUUUUCCUUAAGAAGAAAAAAAAACUCCCCUUUUUCAAAACAUGAUUAGUACUGAAUUUUCACUGUGCGUUCAAAGCUCACAAGGACCAACUUACAAGUAAGGUUUUUGUUCCCUUGUACCUAGAGACGAAAAGAUGAUCACCACUCUUGAACCAAAUCUGAAGUUUUGAACCUCGCGUGGCAGUGAGCUCCACACUACACAGUAGUACAGAGUACACACGCUAUACGCCUCUCCUUGUUCUGCUCGACGACCGGAGCCAUGUCCCGUGUUCACCUCCUCCUCCUCCUCGUAUUUUACAUCCCAGCCGCCAUUGCUUCUCGUCGAAAUCUCCGGCUGUCCCCCGCCGACAUCGCCGUCCCCGACGCGGCUGCGGCCGACACGCCGACUACCUACUUCGAGGUGGACCGGCCGCUCCGGCCGCCUCCGGGGAGCUCCGGCCCAUGCUCCACCCUGCUCCUGUCCAGCUCCUUCGGCUUCACCUACACCAAGCCACCGGUCACCGCCGCGUACUCCCCGCCCGAUUGCCUCGCCGCGGCGGGCGGCGGCGCGCCGGCCAUCUCGCUUGCUGUUCUCGAGUGGCGCGCCACCUGCCGCGGCGUCCAGUUCGACCGCAUCUUUGGAGUUUGGCUCGGCGGCGUCGAGCUCCUCCGCAGCUGCACGGCGGAGCCGAGGCCCAAUGGCAUUGUGUGGUCCGUCUCCAAAGACGUCACCAGGUACGCGUCCCUCCUCGCCGCCGGCAACUCCACCCUCGCCGUCUACCUCGGCAACCUCAUCGACGACCAGUACACCGGCGUGUACCAUGCCAACAUCACACUGCAUCUUUACUUCGGCCCAACGCCGGCGAGGCAACCGGCGCCGGCCACGGCUCCCGCCGACAUCAUCGUCCCCGUCUCGAGAAGCUUGCCUUUGAACGACGGGCUGUGGUUCCAGAUCCAGAACGCCACCGACGUCGAGUCGGCGAGCAUCGUGCUGCCGUCGAACACCUACCGCGCGGUUCUCGAGGUGUACGUCUCGUUCCACGGCGACGACGAGUUCUGGUACACCCACACGCCGGACGGCAACGGCCCGUUCCGCGAGGUCACCGUCCUGGUCGACGGCGACCUCGUCGGCGCCGUGUGGCCGUUCCCCGUGAUCUUCACCGGCGGCAUUAACCCCCUCCUCUGGCGGCCGAUCACCGGCAUCGGCUCGUUCAACCUGCCGACGUACGACAUCGAGCUGACGCCUUUCCUUGCCAAGCUGCUGGACGGCAAGGCGCACGAGCUCGCGUUCGCGGUGACCAACGCCGUCGACGUGUGGUACGUCGACGGCAACCUCCACCUCUGGCUGGACCCGAUGACCACGGCGACGACGGGGAGCCUCGUCAGCUACGACGCGCCGCGGCUAGCCGCGGUAAACACGAGCCACACGACGGCGUCGCGGUUCGACGGCCUCAGCGAGCGGUACUACUACCACACGACGGCGAGCAGGCGCAUCUCCGCCGCCGGGUGGGUGGAGUCGCCGUCGCACGGGAGGAUCACGACGAACGCGACGCAGACGUUCGCCUUCGAGAACACCUACGCGUUCGCCGGCGACGGCAGCGCCGAGACGGUGAACCAGACCACCGUCGCCGACGCGGCCGUCUCGGCCACCGACCUCGCCGGCGCCGUCCUCUACUCGCGGCAGGCGCACCACGACUUCCCGCUCUACGUGGACAUCGAAGCGAAGACGUCGCCCCACGCCGCGGACGUCACGUACACGGUGGCGAGGGAGUACCGCGAGACGGCGAUCGCCGCCGGGAGGUGGCUGUCCUCCGGUACCCCGCCGCGGCGGUACUCUCUCCGCGACACGCAGAGCGGCGCCGUCGACGUCGAGAUGCGCGACGGGAACGCGGUGUCGGCGACGUGGGGCACGCGGCAGACGUACAGGCUCGAGGCCACCGACGGCUGCUACUUCAGGAACGUGACGAGCAGCGGGUACAGCGUAGCGUCCGACGAGUCCGACGAGGUUUGCUCGGAUUCCCAGGAAUAUCCAGCCGGUGGCGCCGUCAUCGGGGCGCUGCCGCCGGCGGAGGCGGCGGCGGCGGUGACAGCAAGCGCCGACGAGCUCGUCAGGAAGUGAUCACUACUAAUCGCACACUGGCAGUGAUAGUUGGUGGGGUAUAGCCUGCCAAACCAAAAUUAUUGGUGGGCUCAAAUGCGAAGCAACGGACAACAACUGGAUCACGAGCCCAAGUUCCGAUUCGUUUUGUUUCAUGCAAUUUAUGGGCUUCACACCACGCGCCGAAGUUAGGUCUGGUUUGGAACGUUUUUUUCUGUUUUUCUACUACCUGAAUCAAAACUCAAACUUGACUUUGGAUAAAGUUUCAUGUAAAACCUGUCUACGGCUGCAUUAGAAAUUUGGUAGAAAUCGCAACGGAUCAGAUAUAUCAUAUACAAAUAUCUACCCUGAAAAGGCGUGCAUGCAACCGUACUCUACGUAUAUAUCCCGUGCAAGUUGCUCAAUUGAUCCGCCAGUGCGGCAGGGCCAAGAGAAAAUGGAAGGGAUAUCGAACCGAAACCGCACACCUCACUGUCCUCAUCCGAAUAUCCACCUCCAGAGAGACCGACACGCGGGCCCCACCUGCCAUAGACAGACCUCACCCCACCACUUCGGGACGUUAGGCGAGACGUCGCGGUCGGACAACAUACGCGCCACAGUCGCCCCCCGGGCCCACGAAUCCGGGGGCCCACCCGUCAGCGAGGCCCGCGCGCGCCACGUGGACCGGGCCGGACCGGGGGGGAGCCUGCUUGGCCCGAACCAUAUCAGAGGAGGAGAGUGACAAGUCAAGUUUGUUUGGUUUGCCUUGCCUUUGCCUCCGGUUGGUGCGAGGCAGCCAUCGUCGAGCCCCCCGAUCCGCAGCGCCGCAGCUACGCAGAUUUGCGCUGCGACGAUCGAGCUGGACCGACGAAAAGGAGGAAAUGUUUUGGCUUUUGCUUGGACGACAUGGUUUCCCCUCCUCGAUCGCGCUCGGCGCGUCGGGCUCAGAGAAAGGCUGGAGAGAAAACGAGGUACAGAUCGAUCGCAGCCAUGUCUCCUGCCCGAUUUAUGUCGGGAAUCGCAGCUUCAGCGACCACUGAUUCGUUAUUCAGCGGCUAAAUUGUGUUUUCUGUACACACGCAAUUAAGCCAGAUAGGUGCAGUUUCAACCUUGUUUAAGAGGGCACAGUUGACAGUCUCAUCAAAAUCUCUACUUCCCUUGGGUACAAAAAAAUGUCAUCAAAGCAGACCGUUUCUGUAGUACGUAUUCUGCAUCUGCUUGCUUCUUCUGAGCUUAAAUGCAUGCUUAGCUGAGAGUAGGAGAAUCUUUGCACUGCUGAACCUAGUUAAAGAAAAGCUGAAUGCCUAUCUUGAACGUGAAGGGAGAGGAUCGGUCACGUUAACCUGUUUGAAAGUGGCCUUUUUAAAAUUCAUGGGAACAUGUACGUAACCGGUACAAAUUACAAAUA